UGUUUUUAUCUUUAGUUUCUCUUUCGAAAUGUCGACGAACGUUUGCAGUAGAUUAUUUAUAACGAAAAAUUUAGUUAAUUUAACAAAAAAUUUAAGACCAGUGCAAAGAAAUUAUAGUAACUUCCGUUUUAAUGCAGAAAAUCGGCAAAAUUAUGUGAAAUAUUUAUUAAUAGUUGGUGGCGGUGUAACCGCGUUUGUGUGUGCUAAUUUAGUUAAAACGAAUACUGUUCAGGCAUUUAAUAUUAAACGCAUAAAGCGAGAUGAACUAUCUUCUUCCGUAAAACUCACUGCACGUGAAAGACGUUUCAUUAAAUUCUCUUCGGUGGAAUAUGAUGGACAAUUGUAUAUGACACCACAAGAUUUUCUUGAUUCUGUAGUUGAACAGGAACCAAGACCACGUCUCAAACGACGUAUUUUAACCGAUCAAGAAGUAACAAAGAUUAAGGAUGAAACACCACCAUUGAAGAAGGGUUCAAAUCAAUUGUUUAGAACUCUAAGAGAUAAAGGAAUUAUUUCUUAUACGGAAUACUUGUUUCUUUUAUCAAUUUUGACUAAACCCAAAUCUGGUUUUCGUAUUGCCUUCAAUAUGUUUGAUACUGAUGGUAAUCAUCGUGUGGAUAAAAAUGAAUUUUUGGUGAUUUUAAAAAUUUUGGGUGGCUCCUUUCGUUCACAUGAUUUGGAUGAAGAAACUAGACGCAUUCUAAAACGUUUAGUUUCCACCGAAGAACAAGCCAAAGAAUUGUAUUACAAGAAAAAGAAAGACAAAAAGAUUACGAAUGCAUUUAUGGAACGUAUUUUUAGUGGAGCUUGGAAAGAUAAACGUGGUAAAACUCAAACUAACGAUGAGGAAUCUGAACAAAUUAAAAAAGAUGAUGAUGAUGAAGAUAGUGAAGAGGACAAUUAUAUAGAUGAUGAAGAAGGUUUACAACGUAAACAUAAAGUGGACACCACUUUGCAGACCCAUUUGUUUGGCAAAAAAGGCAAUCAGGAUUUAUACUAUGAGGGAUUCUAUAAAUUCAUGGACAACCUACAGACUGAAGUGUUAGAAUUGGAAUUCACUGAGUUCUCCAAAGGCAACAAAGCCAUUACCGAAGUUGAUUUUGCCAAAAUCCUAUUGCGUUAUACCUACUUGGAUACGGAUGAGUAUGAUAGUUUUUUGGAACGUCUUUUAGAUCGUGUUAAGGAUGAACAGGGUAUAACAUUCGACGAAUUUCGUGAUUUUUGUCGAUUCCUUAACAAUCUGGAAGAUUUUGCAAUAGCUAUGCGUAUGUACACUUUGGCAGAUCGUGCUAUUUCAAAAGAUGAAUUUUCUAGAGCUGUAAAAAUUUGCACAGGCUAUACGUUGUCCAAACACUUGAUUGAUACCGUAUUUGCCAUAUUCGAUCAGGAUGGUGAUGGUUUAUUGUCAUAUAAGGAAUUCAUUGCCAUUAUGAAAGAGCGUUUACAUCGUGGUUUUAAAUCGGUAGCCAAAUCUGAAGGAUGGGAUGCUUUUAAAGUCUGCGUUAAACAGGAAAUGAAACAAAAUAGAUAAAUUAUUGAAAAUAUAAACAAAUAGCUAAACGAAAGAAGCUUUAUCAAGGCCAAAUUUAAACUAAAUAUUAAUUAAAACAUAUUACUAACACUCUUAUUCAUAAUAUAACUUUUUUUGAUCAAAGUUUUAAAAAUAUAAUUUUGUAUGGAAAUUUAAUUUUAUAAACCGUUAGCUCCAUUUUCACAAUAUCUAGCUAUUUUUUAACCUAAAGUUAUACUGAGAGUUUUCAUAAAAAAAAUUAUUUUAACAGACAGUAUAACAUUAAGUUAAAAAAUAACCAGAUGUCGUGAAACUGGGGCCUAAUAAAAUAAAAAUUUCAUUCUGAAAAGGUUAUUAAAUUAUUAACUUUGCAUAAAUUCAAAUUAAUUAAUACUUAAUUUGUUUAAAAAUCCUCUAAUCAUUUAAAAUUAUGUAAAAUUCAUCAAUUACUUGCCAUUUAAUUAAAAUUUUGUUUAAAAAACCUGUUAUUUAUUACUUAUUAAAUUUAUUAAUAUUUUAAACGCUCAAUAAGUUACAAACGAUAUGAUCAUGAUCAUAGCGAUAUGAUCAUGAUCAUACAAAUAUCGCUAUAAACUCUGUUUUAUUCUUACACAUAUGUAUUUCAAAUAUAAUGUUGGAUUUCAUUUAUCAAAUAAUGUAUGUAUCAUUAUGUUAAGAACUUAUAAAUUUUGAAUAGCAUAACAAAAAGUUUUUGUUGUAAACAUAUGGUCUAUUUUCAAUGACAUAAAAACUAUUACGAAUUAUUACAAAUUUUCACAGAAAUCCGUAAUAGUUUUUUGUGAUUGAACAGAAAAAAUAUUUUGUUAAAAAAUGCACAUUUCUAAUGAAAAGAAUCAGUAUUUUAAAGAAUUUACAAACUAGGCCAGUAAAAUUAUACACCAUAAAUAACGUGUUCUCUACUCGAUGUAUUCGAGGUCAAAGGUCAUAUAAAUCCGUUCAUGUAAAUUUAAGAAUACAGCUUUGGUAUCAAAUUAAAUUUAUUUAAAAGACCUGACCAAUACUAUAGAAACAUUUUCAAAAAUACAUCAUUAGUUUAUGAGAUCAAUUUGUUCGACCAAUUCGCUCUAUUUUAUAAUAUUUUUUCUUUAUUUAUUGAGCUUAUAACUUUAUAUAUAAUCCAUAACUUUAUAUAUAAACUUUUUCCGAAAACUUUAAGCAUAACGCCAUCAAUUGCCAUAUAUACCUUAAUUAUUAUCUUGCGUGUACUUCUUAUUUAAUCUCCUUAGCAAGAUCAUUGACAAGUUUAAAUGUUUUAAUUGCUAAAAGUUACCAUAAUGACUGGAUGAUAACAUUUGAAUAUAGAAACAAUUUUAGUAGAUCUGUGCAUUUUUUAUCAACAAUUACUGAUAACUUACCAAUUACCCAUUUGUUAAUUAAUUUGUUAAGUAUUUACUGUACCUAAUAAUUUUGUAUUAAGAAACAAUUACUACUAAUAUUUAUGUAUGUAAAAAUUAUAAAAAUAAUUAUUGUUGUGUUUUUGUUUGUUGUUUAUUUUAUUAUCAAUCAUUAUAUUAUUAUUAUUUAUUUAUAUUUUUUUUUUCGUUAUUUAUUUACAUAAUAAAAACAUUCAUUUUAAAAUGAAAUUUACAAAAAUGGUUUAUAAAACUCAUAAAAUUAAUUUGGUAAGUAAUAAACUUGUAGGUAGGUAUAAGGUUCAUUCACAUAUUUGAUAUUUUAUUUUUAUAUAUA